UAGACAGUGUCAGUGAAAGUAAAACUCAGCAGCUCCAUUUUGUGUCGAGGGGAAAAUAAACCAUUUCAGGAGUAAAAACACAGUGAGUAUCUAAAUGUAAAGCUAUAAUAUAUAAACACACUGAAGUGACACUAGAUGCAGAAGAGUUUUGUGGGUUUGUACUGAAGGUUUAAUGUACACAGGUUGUUUUAGGACUUGAUACCGUGACUAUUUCCUGUAAGUGAACUCUGUGCUGAUACAGGGUUUGAUUUAACACACCGAUGUUGGAGUGAAGUAAACGUGUGUCCUGCUGUAAUCUGGAGAAGGAGACAUGACCUCCAACAUGAGUGUGUCUGGAAAACAGGACUUAAAGAAAGACGAGAGAGUGAUGGAGGGAAAGAGAUCAGACUCACCAGAACCCAGCUGUGUGUCCAUGAAGAGUGACCGGUCAAUGGAUCCUCCAAAUAUCUUCAGAGACAGAGACAGUUCUACUGAUGUGAGACCACAAAAGAAGAAAUCAAACAGCAGCAGAAAUCAGUUGGAGUCCAUAUUCAAGGAGCUGGAACACAAAGUCAUCACUCUGAUAAAGAAUGAGCUGAAGAGGUUUAGGAAGCUCCUGAGUCCAGAUUACCCAGCAUGCACUGAGAGGGAGAUGGAGGAUGAGGAGGAUCUGCACAGUGUCAGAGAGGGAGCGCUGAAGAUCACACUGCACGUCCUGAAGAACAUGAACCACACAUAUCUCGCUAAUACACUGCACACCAAGUCUGUGGCCUCUGUGUAUCACUCAAAGUUGAAAUCCAACCUGAGAAAGAAGUGUAAAAGAAUUAAUGAAGGAAUCUCACAGCAUGGAAGCUCAGCACUUCUGAAUGAGAUCUACACAGAGCUCUACAUCACAGAGGGUUGGAGUGGAGACGUCAAUAAUGAACAUGAGGUGAGACAGAUCGAGACAGCGUCCAGGAGACCAGCAACACAGGAGACACCCAUCAAAUGUAAUGACCUCUUUAAAGACAAGUCCAUCAGAACUGUGCUGACUAAAGGAGUUGCUGGAAUUGGAAAAACAGUCUCUGUGCAGAAGUUCAUUCUGGACUGGGCUGAAGGAAAAGCAAAUCAGGACGUCUUCUUCAUGUUUCCACUUCCCUUUAGAGAGCUGAAUUUGAUGAAGCAGCAAAAUCUCACUCUGAUGAAUCUUCUUCAUCACUUUUUCCCAGAAAUGAGAAAACUACAAUUGAUAGACUGUGACUCCUACAAAGUGGUGUUGAUCUUUGAUGGUCUGGAUGAGUGUCGACUUCCUCUAAAUUUCCAGAAGAAUGAGAGAUUGUGUGAUGUGACAGAGUCAGCCUCAGUGGAUGUGCUGCUGACAAACCUCAUCAAGGGGAAUCUGCUUCCCUCUGCUCUCCUCUGGAUAACCUCUCGACCAGGAGCAGCCAAUCAGAUCCCUCCUGAGUGUGUAGACCAGGUAACAGAGGUACGAGGCUUCAGUGAUCCUCAGAAAGAGGAGUACUUCAGGAAGAAGAUCAGUGCUCAGAGCCUGGCCAAUAAAAUCAUCACACACAUGAAGUCUUCAAGAAGCCUCUACAUCAUGUGCCACAUCCCAGUCUUCUGCUGGAUUUCAGCCACUGUUCUACAGAGAAUGUUGGGUGAAGCAGAGAGUGGAGAGAUCCCCAAGACUCUGACUGAAAUGUUCACACACUUCCUGAUCUUUCAGAUCAAACACAAGGACCAAAAGUACCAUCAGAAAUGUGAUCCAGAUCCUCAGCAGACCCGAGAGAGUAUCCUGGCACUGGGAAAAUUGGCUUUCCAACAGCUGGAGAAAGGAAACCUGAUCUUCUAUGAGGAAGACCUGAGUGAGUGUGGCAUUGAUGUCAGAGAAGUGUCCGUGUACUCAGGAGUGUGUACCCAAAUCUUCAGAGAGGAGUUUGGGCUUCACCUGGGGAAGGUGUUCAGCUUUGUACAUCUGAGUGUUCAGGAGUUUCUGGCUGCUUUAUAUGCAUUUCUGUCCUUCAUCAGCAGAAAUGUAACAAAACAACAAACCACUGAUCUGUCUGAUCUUUUCAGAAAGUCGAACAUGUCUGAUUUCCUCAGGAGUGCAGUGGACAAGGCCUUACAGAGUGAGAAUGGACACCUGGACCUGUUCCUCCGCUUCCUUCUGGGUGUCUCACUGGAGUCCAAUCAGACUCUCUUACGAGGCUUAAUGCCACAGACAGGAAGCAGCUCUCACCGCAAACAGGAAACAGUCGAGUACAUCAAGGAGAAGAUCAGGGAGAAUCCAUCUCCAGAGAAAUCCAUCAAUCUGUUCCACUGUCUGAAUGAACUGAAUGAUCAUUCUCUAGUGCAGGAAGUACAAACUUACCUGAACAGAGGAGGUUACAAUCGUCUCAGUGGAACGAGACUCUCUCCUGCUCAGUGGUCAGCUCUGGUGUUUGUGUUACUGAACUCAGAACAGGAGCUGGAUGAGUUUAAUUUGAGUAAAUAUGACCCAUCAGAAGAAUGUCUUCUGAGGCUGCUGCCAGUGGUCAAAGCCUCCAGAAAAGCAGAGUGAGUAUUUUUAUUUAUAAAUGUAUUACUGCAUGGUUUGUUAUUUUAAUGUAACACUGAACUGCACUGUUUGGAUUAAUGCUUGCUAAUAGUUACUUUAAUCGUCUUUAAAUUAACACAUUUAAACGAACACCUUAUGUCUGUACUGAGGACUGAGCGAUACAGACAAAAUCUUAUAUCACAAUAUGGAUAAUUUCACAUCUUGAAAAUUUAUAUAUAUACAGUUCUGUGCAAAGGUCUUAGGCACAUGCAACGAAAUUCUGUAGAGCAAAGAUGCCUUCAAAAAUAA